CGUUGCUGCCGGCUCUGUGGUUUUAGCGCAGCUGAGCCACGAAGAUUUCAUGGACUAAAGCGAGGGAGGCAACUUUCUAACAGUAACGGGUCGCGGGGGAAGAGGGGGUGCUUUCUGGACCGUCCAAAGGAGGCACCAACAGACGCAGAUAGAUAAAAGCAGCGUUCGCCGCGGGGAAGAAAAUGUUUUCUCGGAAGAAAAGGGAAUUGAUCAAAACGCCGUCAAUAUCUAUGAAAAACAGAACAGGAAGUCCUGUGUCGCACUGCACAUCUAGGCAGGUUGAACUGAGGAUGCUCAACAAGAGAAGCGCUGGGAAAUCCAGUUAUAGCCCUUACACUAUAGGAUUGAGGGGGAAGAAGGCGAGAUCAAAAUCGGGGCUGGAUGCACUGCCCAACCGCCCAAAGGUAUGGCUCACGGAACUGCCUCGUAAAGAUGCUGUUGAGGUACCAGCCUCACAGGCCAGCACCUUAACUGAACUACCUGCUGGGAACUCCUCCUUGACUAAGCUCAGUUCUAGUCCGAGUGCUGUCAACACUCUCAAGAGACCCACCACCCUGAGCAGACACUCCAGUGCUGCUGGUUUCUCACUGACAACCCCUGGAAUGUGGGGAGGCACUAAGGGGUAUAAAACCCCUGGAGGUGGCAUUUCAGAAAGCAACGAGGGUCCGGAGGUGGAGGAGAUCACACAGCUGCUGCGUGAUGUGGCUAGAUUUGCAGAGACAGUGGAGAAACUGAAGGACAUUGUCUUGGAAGAGAAAACUGAAACUCGGCGUCCGGUGGCUCACGAGUGUCUUGGGGAGGUGCUGAGGAUCCUACGGCAGGUCAUCAACAAAUAUCCACUUCUCAACACAGUGGAGACCCUGACUGCUGCGGGCACAUUGAUUUCAAAAGUGAAAGGUUUCCAUUAUGAAUCUAACAACGAAAAUGAUAAAAAGGAGUUUGAGAAGGCGAUUGAAACAAUGGCAGUGGCAUUUAGCAGCAAUGUCUCAGAAUUCCUCAUGGGCGAGGUGGACAGCAGCACUUUGUUAUCAUUGCCACCAACGGAUAAGUGCAGGUCAAUGGAGAACCUGUGCGGUGGGAUUGCUGCACAAGGUGAUGCAAUACAGGUGAAGGAUGAGUUCAGUGAUUCAGGCAGCCCAUCCACGGAAGAAGUGGACGUAAUUCUUCAGCGGUCUGAGGGUGGAGUUGAAGCUGCUUUGCAAUAUGCCAAGACUGUCUCCAAGUACAUGAAAGAUCUGAUUACCUACCUGGAGAAAAGAACGACUUUGGAACUGGACUUUGCCAAAGGCCUGACAAAGCUGAUCCAUACUUGUAGGCAGGCUAUCACUCACGAGUAUCACGUGCCCUUUCUGUCGAUCUAUUCACUGGCUCUGGAGCAGGAUCUUGAAUAUGGACAGAGUGUGAUGCAAGGUGUCAACAUCCUCCAGAAUCAAACCUUUCUCCAGCCGUUAGCUGGAAGAAGAUUGGAUCAUGAAAAGCGCCGAAAAGAAAUUAAAGAACAGUGGCACCGAGCUCAGAGGAAGCUGCAAGAAGCUGAGGCCAACCUUAGAAAGGCAAAGCAGGCUUACAUGCAGCGUUCUGAGGAGCACGAGAAGGCCAAGCUCCUGACAGUGAAAGCCGAGGAAGACCAACAUAGCACAAGUAGCAGUAACACCAGCAAGACUCUGGACAAGAAGAGAAGGACGGAGGAGGAUGCUCGCAAUAAGGCGAUUGAAGCAGAGGCAACUUACAGAACGUGCAUUGCAGAUGCCAAGACGCAGAAACAAGAGCUGGAAGAUGUGAAGGUGAACGUACUGCGGCAGAUCCAGGAAAUCAUCCGACAGAGCGACCAGACACUGAAGUCGGCCACCAUCUCCUACUACCAGAUGAUGCACAUGCAAACGGCACCUCUUCCAGUCCACUUUCAGACCCUGUGUGAGAGCAGCAAGCUCUAUGAUCCAGGCCAGCAGUAUGCAUCCUACGUCAAGGACCUCCAGAUGGAGGCUGAAACAGAGGCACAUUAUGAUUUCGAGUCCUAUUCAUCACAGAUGACCUGGUCUCCCCAUGUGAGGACUCGUAAGGGUAGCUUCAAUGCCCACGACUAUCCUCCUAGCACCUCAGCUGAGAGCCAGACACCUGCAGAUGAGCCGUAUAGCCCAGAGGGUACCCUGACCCAGAAGGAAGCGCGGGGUGGAGGUCUCUCUGAGAGAAGAGGAGUCCGAAGUCAUCAGUGUGCAACAAGUCCUGGCCCACCACUAUGGAGUGACACUGACAGUGUUGGAGGAGGAAAUAGCUUGGAUUCUCCCUCUUCUACAACGGGUGAUUUUGCUCGGAAGUUGCCCAGAAUCCCUUCUUCUGGUACCAUGCCUACCACUGAGGAUGUGGAGGAUAAAGAUAGCAGCACAAACUUUGAGCAAAGUAUUAAUGGGAUGGCUCCAGAAAUGGUGGUAUCCACCGGGCCUUUCAAGAACGUGGGCCUUUCGAAGGCUGCACAGACACAUCGUCUCAGGAAACUUCGCACACCGUCCAAGUGCAGAGAAUGUGACAGUUACGUGUACUUCCAGGGGGCUGAAUGUGAGGAGUGCAACCUCGCUUGCCACAAGAAGUGUCUGGAGACGCUGGCGAUUAAGUGUGGCCGCAAGAAGUUGCAGCGGAAGCUGCAGCUGUUUGGCAGGGACUUCACUCAGAGCUCGUGUGGGAGUCCCGAUGGAAUUCCAUUCAUUAUCAAAGCGUGCAUCUCCGAGAUUGAACGGAGGGCUCUCAGCAUGAAAGGCAUCUACCGUGUCAAUGGUGUGAAGACCCGUGUUGAGAAGCUGUGCCAGGCUUUUGAAAAUGGAAAAGAACUGGUGGAGCUCUCGCAAGCAUCUCCACAUGACAUCAGCAAUGUGCUCAAGCUGUACCUGCGACAGCUUCCAGAACCCAUAAUGUUGUUCCGCCUCUACAAUGAUUUGAUGGGCCUGGCCAAAGAGAGCAUGCAGGGCACGGGGGACGCAGGAAGCAAAGAAUCAUCCGUCGAAAAGGAGGAUUUACUUCUGGCGACACGACUGAAAGAUCUGCUGAAGGAACUGCCGCCUGCAAACAAGGCUACACUGCAGUACAUCAUCAGACACCUCAGCAGAAUUUCAGAACUUGAACAGCAAAAUAAGAUGUCUCCGAGUAACCUUGGAAUUGUAUUUGGGCCGACACUGAUGAGACCCAGGCCAACAGAGGCAACUGUGUCCUUGUCAUCUCUGGUUGACUAUCCUCACCAAGCUCGGAUUGUGGAAACUUUAAUCGUCUCCUACUCAGAGAUAUUUGAAACUAAAGCGGAGUUUAACAUGGCUUCAGAUGAAGAUACUCUAGAUGAUGCACCACCAACCGAUAUUUUCAAUGAGAGAGAGUCUUCAAAGACAAGAGUGGGAUCGGGGAGUGAUGUGCCUUACCUCGAUGAGACUGGGGAGUUUGACAGAGAUAGACUGUACUCUGAUGCACACUGUGACAACUCUUUAGGAUCGGAAAGGUCUUCAGAAUCUCGCGAACGUUCACUGGGCUCUGACUACGAGCUGGAAGAUACGACACCUGAAUGUGGUACAGGAUCUGAGGAAGGGGCCCAGAGAAAUCGAAAGGGGCAUCUGCUGAAACAGGAGAGUGUAGCUAGUGCUGAUGAACCUCCAUUAUACAAUGACAGUGCAGAAGAAGAGUCUGUCUCAAAGGAAACUGAGAGAAGUCAGACUCGGUGUUCAGACAGUGACAUGGCACAGACUGAAGGACCAGUGUCUGAAAAGACUGAAGAAAGUUUGAGGUCUCCUCAUCCACAAGUGGAGAGAGAUGGGCAGCAUCUGACUGGUGCUGACAAAGUGGACCAACCGAAUAACCCCAACCAAAGUCUGGCCGAUUUUAACACAAACCACUCAAAUAACGUGGACAGAAAUAAUUGGCUGCCUGCCCAUUUCAGGACGCCACUCCUUGUCAAAGAACAACGCACACAGUUGCCAUGGGUUUGGAUGCGCCAUGGGAAAAUAGACAUUGGCCUUGAAAACCGGGACCCAGAAUUUGUCUAAUCAUAUUUUAUCACAAGUUGCUUAUAGAGUAGAGUUAUCCACAAGCAAGCGCUAAGAUACUUUGUGCUGAGAGAGAGAAAGGACAGUGUGCAGAACAAUUUCAUUACAUUUUCAGUGGUUCGCUGAUUCUUAUUUUAAAGUAAAAAAAAAAUGCAGCUCUCUGCCAAUAUAUACAUCUAGAUACAUUCUGUUCUAAAUACAAUGUGAAUCAUGCAGUGAAUCCAAAGGUUGGAAUAAUCCUCCCAGUUUGCAACAGUAACAAUGCAGUGCAACAAUCCAGGAGUAAUUUACCUUGAUAGUUGGCAACACACUGAAAGUCUCUCAUUUCUGAAAUCGGACAUAUUAGUGGAUCACAUGAUCAAACAUUGAUAGUACGCAACUUUGUAUGUCACAACUUGUGGAAAGCAAAUAUAUUUUGAUAAAGAACUAUUUUUUUCUAUAUAAUGGGUGUAAGAUGCAUAUAAUUGAUUAACAGAAGCCAGUAUAUGAAAUACCAGGAAUGGAUUAAUAAGAUUUGGUUUCAAUUUUUAAAAUGCUCCACACUUGGCUUUCUCUCAAAAGUUUCAGAUUCACAAUCUUUGCAGACCUCUUCCGGGUGAUUUGGUCACAGUGAACAUUACAACUUUGCCCAAUUCUAUCAUCCAAUGUGCACAUAUACUUUCUGGGAAGGGGAAGGGGAGGGGGAGGUGGGACUCACAGGAUAGUGGUCGAGUGCAUAAAUGUGGCUGGUUUUGUUACUUUCUAAUAACCCAAAAUCGGUUGCAGCACCCUGCCUGAAUUUGGGUUGAGCAAGCAUUGAACAUAAAAAUCCAAGUAUCUGUGACUUGUUGGUUGUUUGGCUAGUCACCUAUCACUUUGACUACCUCUGUGCAGAACUCAGUACCUAUUGUCUUUGUAGCUAACUACUGCCUAAACUUAAGAACUUGACACAAUAGAUUCCCAUCAAAAUUAGAUUAAGAAGCUCAACGUUCAUCUCGACCAAAUACUUGACUUCAAAGUCUCAAUCAACAGUAAUGGAAAAGCAAAAUAGCAGAAGUACAUUAAGAUAAACAUGGUAAGAAUUUAUCUACAUGUGAGAUACUGCUCCAUUAGUAUAACAGUAUAACAGUGCAAGGGUUAAAAGUGUUGCUCUGUGAAACUGUAUUGCUGAGUGAAUAUCUUUAUUGAAAGGACAACCAUUAUUAAUUUUAUUUGUGAGAUAGAAAUGUAACAAACUGCUGGAGGAAGUAGUGGAGGCAGAAUCUGUUACAGUUGGACGGAGCAGAGAGAUAUGGGCCCAAUGCAGGCAGGUGGGAUUAGCUAGUUAGGCAUUAGGGUCGGCAUGGACAAGGUGGGAUAUAAGGGCCUGUUACUGUGAUGUAUGUUUCUAUGAUUCUAUAAAGUCAUAGUCAUGAAUGAAGUAGGCCCUUCAGCCCACCGUGUGUAUGCUGGCCAUCACAUACCUAUCUACACCAAGAGACACAAGAGACUGCAGAUGCUGGAAUCUAGAGCAAAAGACAAGUUGCUGGAGGAACUCAGUGGAUCAGGCACAGAUGCUCACAGAUGCUGCCUGACCCACUGACUUCCUCCAGCAGUUUGUUUUUUCCACCUACCUAGACCAAUCCCUUUUCAGCCCACGGCCUUCUUUGCCAAUUGUAUUUCAAAUGCUUGUCUAAAUACUUCUUAAAUGUUGUGUGAGUACCUGCUUCCACCGCCACCUCAGGCAGUGUGUUUCAGGUUUCAAGCACCCUCUGGUGAAAAAAAUUCCUCCUCAAGUCCCGCUCUAAAUCUCCUAACCGUAACUUAAACCUUUGCCCUCUGAUCAUAGGCACAUGUGCUAAGGGAACAGUUUCUCACUAUCUCUCUGUGCCCCUCUUAGUUUUGUGGGAGAAGUUUCAAAAUACAGCUUCUUUCCUCUUCCUCUCCUGACGUCGCCAACUCUUUGUCACGGGGAGAUUGUUCUACACACAGUCCUUGCAAACUCAUCCAGGAACCUAUCCUGUAUGUGUGACACAUUUUGCUUUGGAAAACAUAAAACCUCAGGACACCUGUAAUAUCAAUUUACUGCCCUGGCUGGUUCAGCUAACUGAAGAGAACAAAUCUGACACCAUUGGCUUUGUAUACUUAUGUUUCAUCACUGGGCUGGCCAAAUGGACACCGUAGUGGCAGCUGCCCACUAUUUCCCCAGGUCCAUCGUCAAUGGAACCAAAUGUUGGGAAUAUCUCUGAUGGCCAAUGAAAUGGCUCAUAUUUAAUGCUAGAAACAUUGACAAAGUCAUAUGAUUGGAAUUAAUCUUUAAGCAUCUGGGAUAGCAGAAGUAAGUUGUGAUGAUGGCUGGAAAGAAGAUGGAAAGACGAUAAGCAAGGCUUAGGAUGGAGUGCUUUCUAUCAACAGUGGUAGGAUUUAGAGCAAAAAUAACCAAGCAAAGAAUGGUGACCAAUACCUCCAUUAGACCGCCUUCAACUAAGUAGAAAUUUGGUCCACAUGCACAAAGAGGUCUUGUAGAUCCAUAAUGUGCAAGGUAUCAGUUUCUCUAUAUAUGUGAUAUUGUAGCAUAUAUGCUUUCUCCUCUUGUACAUAAAAAGAAAUACUUUUGCAGUAUUGGUUUGGGACUUGUUGAUGUGUGUUAGGAAGCAUUGACUGCUUAUUAAGUGACUUGUCUCCAAGCAGUGAAACAUCGUUUAGCUUGUAUGUUGGGAUCUAGUGAUGGUUUAAUUGAGCACAAAAUGGAGCAAGUUUUCUGUGCAUAUGUAUGAUGAAAGUGGAACCAAGAGUGUUAGGAAUGCAGAAGACCAUAAAAUCCUAUUGGUCUUAUCCAUUUUUAUCAUGUGUGCUGGAUGUAACUGGAAUAUUUGUCAAGGGGAAAGAGAUUAAAUACAACAAUGUGGUUGUUUUUUUACAAGUUCACAGCUUUUAAUAAAUUUUAUAUACACUGAAAUCAUGGUGAAGGAAAACCUGUCUUGUCUAAUCUGUUGUACUUAAAAAAAAUCCUAUACUUUCUAAAGUUUGUGCAUUGGGAACAUUAUUAAACAGAGCAUUGAUUUCCUUGCAAAGCAAGCAUUUUUUAAAUUGAUCUUUUGUUUGUUCUCACUGUUAGGUAUCACCCUUCCUGUUCUAUAACAGCAGUCCCAUUGGCAGCCAGUAGGAGGUGCCAGUCAGAAACUUGGGAGGUUGACUUAUUCCUGCUGUAAUAACUUGUCUGUAGCAUAGAAAGAUAUCCCAAGGCAUCUCACAGGAAUGCUUUCAGAGAACAUUUGAUAACACACCACAUGAGACGUUGGGACAGAUGAAGGGCAUAUUAGAUGAGGAGAGAGGUCGAGAGGUUCAGGCAGAGAAUUUCAGAGCUCAGGUCCUGCAUAGCUGAACUCACGGCCUCCAGUAAUAAAGGGUUAAAAUCGAGGUUGCUCAAGAGGUAUUGUCACAACAGUUUCCAUGAUUAUUGAGAUCCUGAAUUCCCUGUGAGGGCAAAUCCUAUCACUCUGCGUUGGAGUGCUGGUAUCCUGGGUUACAUUUUUCUGAGGUAGCUCUGCCUCAGGUGACGACCUGCCUUUUCGUUCCCAGGCGCUGACCCAUCUCUUGUGCAUUUCCAACAUCUGUUUCAAUUUCAAGUUACAAAGCUACUCGAUGUAAUUGUAUUCAAUCAAUUCUUCAGAUCAAAGAACUAAUUCAGUGCAUAUAGAAAAGAGGUCAAUGUUUCAUCUCUUAUCUGAGUCAGUUUCCAAAUUGCAAAUUCUGCUUACAUAGUCCAUUUACUACCAGAAGUAAAAGCAUGGAGUGAAGGCAUUAUUCAGUGUCACAAAAUAAUCCAUGAAAAUAGCUACUAUGUGACCACUCAUGCUGUACAAUACAAGGUGAAUUAACAUUGUAUUUAAACACAAUUUUUAAGCUUUAAUGAUAUGGCACUUCAUUUUUUUAAUGUUUAUACAUCAGGUGUUCAGCUGGACCUUGGUAAAGAUAUUUUAUUGUUACUUUUUUUUUGUCAAGUUGCUUGAGGCUCAUUGUUUUGGAGCAAACAAGCAUUUGUGCAAUGGCAUGUACGUUUGUAAAUGGGUACAUCCAGCCUCACAGUAGUACAGUUAUGUAAUUAUUCAGCAGUGCUAGUUACAUCGCAACUGAGAUCUUGUCAAUUAAGUAUUGUUUAAUUCCCAGCUGCAUAUUGUUUAAUAUGUAUAUACAAUUGGGAUUUUUUUUUUGGAUUUUAAAUGUAAAAGGAACUGUUCUGUGCAAGAUUUCUAGGCAUUUUUAUUUGAUAAUGUAAAUUAACUGUUUCAUUCCCAGAUUGUUUUGAAGGAAAAAUGAGCAAAUGAAUUUAUA